AUGGCGUUAGCACAAAUCUUCAAGUACACACUUAUCACCAAACCCACCUCUAAACAGUUCCUCGAAGGUUUCUGUUCAGAGGAUAAUUGUUAUGUAUAUAAAAUCUUGAAAGAGAACCCCAACUACCUGGUAGCAAUCGCAUGUUCACCAAAAGUAAAUGAUAUAUUCCUAGCAAAGGUUACCAAAUCAUUUAAGAAGCUAGCUGUGUUAGAGGUGGGACCAAUCAAGGCUUUUGUAUCACGCAAACCAAAUGAUCCCCCAGUGAAGGAAGGUGAUGUAAAAGUUAUACAACUAAACAGGGUAAUAAUCAAAUCUUCAAGAGAGCAAGUGAUAACAGAUGCCCAUAUAAUUGAUAGUCCCCAACAUGAUUAUAUUAAGGUUCCAGAUGAUCAUUCAAUGUUUCCAAAGACACCCUCAAUGAAGUUUUUCAACCUCCUAGUCUGA